CGCACAAGCAGCUGUUGUGGUUGCUGGAAUUCUUGCUUCUCGUCUCACGAAGAUGGCGUCCGCUGAUUGGGAAUUUGUCUUCGAUGGCGUCGUUGGUUUUCUGACAUCUCCGAUCUGGCAAAUUCCGGUUAUGAAUUUUAUUGAAAAGAACUGCAUAGUGUUUGAUCCCAGUGAAGAAAAUUGUUUGCCUUGGUCAGAUAUACAAAAGGAUUACAAGAAACUGGUUGAAGACUUAUUGUCAAGCUACUUGAAAGAUGUUGGAAUUUUGGAGGAACAGUUUGUGCAAGCCUGCAAGUCCUCGUCUGUCCAAGAGAGACCUCAAAUGCAGGCGGUGUUUGAACAGAUAUGGGCUGCAGAAGAUUUUGAAAUCUUUAAGCGGAUGAUGGUUCAAAGAAACAUUGAACUUGAGCUGCAAGCAUUGCAAUUAAUUCAACACCAGCAAAAACAAAGACUACUGCAACAGCAGCAGCAGCAGCCUCCACAACAGAAAGAAAAGCCAAAAGAGGUAGCAAAGAUGACACAGCCAAAGCAGCAGGUUGUUUCUGAAAUGAUUGAUGAUGCAAUAUUAAAAGAAGUUUUAGAGAGGUCAAAAAAAGAAUAUGAGGCAUCACAAAAGGAGCAAUGUCUGGAUACUGCAGAGAUGGACAAGCACUGGGCUGAGACACAUGAGGAAAAUGUAAAAAUCUUAAAAGAAAAGGCAGAAGAGAAGAGGUCUGAAAUGAAGAAAGUAGUUGAUGAUCGAAUCAAAACAACUGAUGAAGAGGAAAAGGAAGAGAAAACCGUUGAAAAAGCUCCACUUGCUCAUGAGAAAGAAAUGCCAAAACAAAAACAAACUGAGGCGCCAAAAGAAGCUUCACCCAAGAAAGAAAUUCAUUUGCCUGCCGAGAAGCCGAAAACGGCAGCAGAAGCUGCUUCAAGUUGGCUAAUGAGUGCAAAGGCGGAGGCUUCCAGCAAGGAAUCGAGUAGAACCCCCGCGUCUGGCCCUUCGCAGGAUGAUGACGUGAAAAAACGAGAACAGUAUUUAAAAGAACAACGCGAUAAGUUAUUGCAACUUAAAAGUAAGGAACGGGAACAGCAGUUGGACACCUACGCGAAAUCGCAGCCCAAACGUCCCACUUCGGCAAGAGUGGCCCGUCAGUCAUUCGCUUGUGCUGCAGAGAAGAAAGACGAGGAGGAGACCGAACCCAAAAAGCUGGCUAUGAGGAAAGCAUUAGCAGAUAGGCUCAAAAAGGAGGUCAUCUACAAGUAGAUUGUUGAAGAAAUAAUCUGCUGCGUCCAAGGCAUAAUUUUGAAUUUCUUAUCUAAUGUUGAAUGUUGGAAUAAAAUUACGCUAAUUUUAAUUUGCCAUUUUGGAUAGCAACUCAGUAUUUUCUGGCUGCUUAAGCUAAUUUUUUGACACAGAAGUUAGAAAAACAAUAAGAUGGACAUUUCAAAUUUUUUUUACAGACAUUCUUAGAAUUAACCAAUUUAACGGUGAAAGUCAAAGACACCUCCGAGAAUGCACUUUAAAACUGCGUCAAAAAUCACCUUGAAGGCUGCUUCCAUCAUUUGCAUUUAAAGGCAAGGAACAGCAUCGCUGAGUGGAUAUCAUUUUCACGAGAUUGUCAUAUGAUCAGUUAUGCAUUCUCCCCAUCUUUCUUACAGAAACAUUGACCUCAUGUGAUCAGAUACAUUUCACGAUCCUUUUACUCGAACUGAUAGCCUUCAACCUUAGAUUUCAAUACAUUAUAAUUAUAAUUUGCUGGAACUUGGCUGUGUAUUUAUUUGUAUUGUAGAGUGAAAUAUUUUUACGCUAUGAAUGAGCUCAAUAUUCAA